UUUUGCCCCACUGUAAAUAGGGUAGAAACACACGGUUUGUUUGUUUUUCUGGAGUAGUUCAAAGUCAAGACUUGACUAUGUCAGGUCAUGAUUAUACACUUAGUAAACAUAUAUUUUGUGUUGUCUUUUUCAUGCAUCAGUCUUUAUUGUACACCAUAUAGUAUAGUAUAGCCUGUGCUCUGUUUUGUUUAAUAGUUUAUGUUAUUAGUAGAUUUAGUUUUUGUUUUUGAGUUGAUGGAUCUACAUGCAGACUUUUUUGUAUUUGUUUCCAGCAAAAGAAAUUCUGACAGACCAGAAUCUGAAUAUACAGACAAACUCCAACAUUACACCAGCGGUCACAAAGUGUCACCGGGAAUGAAGAUCUACAUUGACCCCUUCACAUAUGAAGAUCCCAAUGAAGCGGUUAGAGAGUUUGCUAAGGAAAUUGACAUUUCCUGUGUAAAGAUUGAACAAGUGAUUGGAGCAGGAGAGUUUGGAGAAGUGUGCAGUGGAAACCUCCGACAGCCUGGGAAAAGGGAGAUAUUGGUGGCCAUCAAGACUUUAAAGGCAGGGUACACUGAACGCCAGAGGAGGGACUUUUUGAGUGAAGCAUCUAUCAUGGGUCAGUUUGAUCAUCCCAACAUCAUCCAUCUGGAGGGAGUGGUUACCAAGAGCAGCCCUGUAAUGAUCAUCACUGAAUUCAUGGAGAAUGGAUCCCUUGACUCAUUUCUCAGGGUAAAAGAGACACUGUACAAUUCAAUACAAGUAUAGUAGUACGCACGUGUGUGUGUGUGUGUGUGUGUGUGUGUGUGUGUGUCAUUACUGUACUAAAAAAAGAAGGAAACAGGGAAAACAAGUAACAAUAAUAUGCAAAUGAGGGUGGUUACUCG